AUGGCACAAAAAUCUGACCAAGACCUUCAACUAACAGACUCCACACCACAAGCUGAAAGGGAACAGUACAUCGAUAAUUCCCCCGACGUAACCGAAGAAAAUACCGUAGCUAAUGGGUCCAAUACUAAAGAUGAUUUUGAGACCAUCCAUUCUCAACCUGUAGCCAUAAAUGAUAUGACUUUAGAACCAAACAGAUCAAGAACUUCAGAGUUCAACGGUAGAUCUAGUUAUUCCAUAAGUGAAGCCGGUAGUGGUUAUGAUAGAGAUGAAAAUGAAUGUACCGAGUUUUGUCUUGAUUUCUGUACUUGUUUCGGUUUAUUCGAUAACUGUUGCCCUACCGACUCAGAUGGUUGUGUUACCUCGACAGCUGUAUUUAUAGGUAAUAUUUUAUUCGCAUGUUGUAGAUGUAAGUAA